AUGGCGAUCUCCAAACCAGUAGCCACCAAUGCAGACAUUGCGGCCCUGAAUGGUGAGCUGGACAGCCUGGCCAAGGUCAAGGCAAGCAGCCAGGAGGCAGUUGUCUCCGAGAAGGCGAACCUGAAGGGCACCAAGAAGGAGCUUGCGGACUUGGCAGUGGAAGAG